CUUCUUCCUAACUUCUACCAAUCAAAUUGAUUUAUAUCUAGUAGAAAUAAUUAGAGACAAUAAUACUUGUAUAUUUCUACAUUUAAUACAAAAUGGCCAAGAAACAUAAACUAAAAUCUAUCAAUGAAAAUAAAUCGAAAAAUAUAAAUGCUAUGAAAACGGUAUUUACGAAUGAUAAUUUCGUUGUUAGAAAACGCCAACCUACUGGAUUAAAUAAACAAAGUAAGUUACACGUAUGUGUGACUAAAAAAACAUGUUUUAAGGCUCAAUUACAAAGGUGUAAAAAAUUGUUUAAUACUGGUUCAUCUGAAAUCGUAAUUCAUGGUCUUGGUGCUGCUGUAGAAAGAGCAUGUAAUUUGGCCCUUCAAUUAAAAGAAAUUCAUUAUAAUAUCUUAGAACUGGAUAUUAAAACUUCAACCGUUGAACUUAUGGAUGAUAUUAAACCGCAUAAUGAUGAUGAUGAUGGUGAAAUGAAACUUAGACGUAAUUCUGCUAUACACAUACGUGUAUUUAGGAAGGAACCAAUCGGAUUAAUAUCAACAAAAAAAAACAAAAUAUGAUCUAUCAAUUAUUAUCAAAGCAAGCAAUAUUUAUAUAAUAAUUGUAUUGAAUAUAUCAAGCAGAAGUAUUUUUCAAGUUA